AUGCCUGACUUUGACAGUGACGACCUUGACCGCAGCAGCUCGGCCUUCACCCCGCCGAGACCUCUGCAGCGCCUGCAACAACGCGUGCGAGGUCACACCUACUCUUCGUCACUGUCGCACGACUCGGACACUAUCAGCAACGACUCCCAGCUCACCGCCCGCAUCCGUACCAACAGCCACUCCGACUCGCGCCCGUCGACCGUCCAGAGCGUCAACAACGGCUACGGCCACGUCCUUGGGACUGCUCGUGUGGGCGGCUUCGAGAAGGCAGAUCCGCGUAUCCAAGGCACUCCCGAAGUCGUGUCCAACGGCAUCCUCGACCGCGGUCGUCCCAUUCCAUCCAUGUUCAGCACAUACGAGGUGCAUUGUCCCGAACCACGAGUCCCCGGUGGACCGUCCAAAGCAAGCGCAACGAAAGAGCAGGCCUCUACAAACAAGUCGGAUAUCCCGCAGAGCAUACGGGAUCAGGCCUUGGAGUUUGUGCGACAAACAAACAUGCGUGCCCAAUCGCCCUCGAACAUGCUCGAGCAGCCUCCUACCAAUUCUUCUGCUUCCAUCAUAUCCUCGCUCUCCAAGCAGUCGUCCGCGAAUGAUGCUCCCAAAGAGCGCCCAGGUUUCUUCCGACGAGUCUUUGGAUCCGCCGCUCGUACCAAUUCUUUUCCCGAUCAACAGCGCCCUAAUAUUAGAGAUUUACCACCAUCUACUGAGACUACUGCACCGUCUGCCUCGCCCACGUCCCGUACCAACACUCCAGAUCCACCUCAAAAUGUAGUCACCAAGAAGGCAUCUUUCUUCAGACGUCGCAAGAAGUCUAUAACCGAUGCUCCCCCUCCUCCAGCGCUGCCCAAUCCAGCCGUGUCCGCCGCACAUCUCAAGGGCACUUCUCCACCCGUAAGUCCGGGCGCAGGUAGUCUCAGGAUGGUCAUGGAUCAGUACCUUGGCAAUCCUGAUCGUCAGUUGAACAAGACUGACUCUGACCUUCACAAGCCUGUGGAUACUCCUAUCGGCCGACCUACUCGAUCCAGCAUACUCAGCCAUGACACGGAUGAAUCCUCAGAACUGGACAUGUUCCACUCUGGCUACACCCCCCCACCAGAUGCGUCAAUACGAAGAGUAGGAGUAGAACCUCUGGAGCCUCGAGCUGGUGGCAACAGAUCUGCCAUACCGAGUGCUCAGCAACACCUGUUCAAGAGUCCCAAACUGGACGACAUGGAACGUAAUUUCGGCGGAGUUAAUGACCGUCUGCACCUCGGAAACACCCGCCCGGACCUGGUACAGAACAACUCGUUCCUGGCCGACAAUAGUGAUGCAGAUGACAGCAAGGCUCCUUCUAUAAUUUCUGCUGUAAGUGAAACCUACCUCGGACCUGUAGGCGCUUUCAGCCCUGUCUCGCCGUUGGCAAGUUCGCCCAUGAUGACCCCUGUGGAGAGAUUUGUCACUUCUCCGACGUCUGACGCGGAGAGAGAACCCGUGUCACCUAGAUCCCACUUCUUUGAACAGAACCGUGACAGUCUUGGUCUGCCGAUCGAGAGACUGAGAGCGCCACAGAGCUACGUUGUGUCCAGUGAUGACAACGAGCUGCCAUCGUUUCAGGUUGAUGGGCAUACUGUUCGUCCGUCUGUCGAGGUUGCUCGUGGUAUGCUCGGAACUGUCGAUGAACCGACCGCCGACGAAAGGGAGCGUGCCCGCCAGAUAUAUCAAGGCGAAGAACAACAUAUGCUCAAAGACGAAGCUGCGCCAUGGCUUGGUGACAAGAAUCCUGUCAGCGCUCGUACCCUUACGGCUUACAUGGAUCUCUAUGACUUUGCAAAUCGUAACAUCCUCAGUGGCUUACGGAGUCUCUGCGAUAGACUCGUGUUGAAAGGAGAGAGCCAGCAGGUCGAUCGCAUCCUGGACGCCUUCUCCCGACGAUGGGACGAGUGUAAUGCUCAGAAUGGGUUCAAAGGCCCAGGUGUUGUACAUGCCAUUUGCUAUGCGUUAUUAUUGCUCAACACAGAUCAACACAUGGCCGAUAUCCAGCACAAGAUGACGCGGUCCGAAUUCAUCAAAAACACAAUGCCAGCUGUGAAAUCAGCAGCCGAAAGCGCAACCAUCCGACCUACACGCUCGCCAUCAAGGCCUUCGUUGCCAUGGUCUGAUACCACCCCAAAAUCUCCCGAUGACGACGAUCGAGGCUCUGUUGACUUCAGACGCUCGACUAAGCGCCUCUCUUUCAGACCAGGUAUGGGCAGAUUCGAAACAGACCCUGGUCCUGCCGAGCACGGAGAACUUGGCUCAAUAAACCACCUUGUGACUCGUCCCUUCGAUGGUCCUGAACACAAAUGGCUGUUGGAAGUCGAAUUGGUCCUCAAAGUGUUCUACAGCUCGAUCGUUUCCUUGGCUCUACCACUACAUGGUUCUGCAAACUCAAAGGAGAACCAUGGAUCUUCUCAAGGAGCUUCGAACCUCAGUGUGGCUGGAAAUCUUAGACGUACUGGUUCGGUCAUAUCCAAGGCGCCAUCUGAAGGCUUCUCAUACCGAAGCAAGAGGAAUAACAGCGGUGCAUUGUCAUCUCACUGGAAUGCAACAAAGAAUAAAUCUCGACAGAAGGCAUACCCUGCUUCGACCGUUGGCUCAACACGCACCUCGAUCGACGAUGGUCAAUCUGCCUGGAGUCCAUCAGCACAGAGCAGUAUGUGGAGCAAGAUCUCCAUGGGUAGGACUCAGACAACGAUGAGUGUUGAGAGCUUUGCUGUUCAUCCCGACUUCAAACAGAGCUUAGGUUUCACCAAUGCGCUCUCGCAAGCGAUCAUUCGUGAAGAGAGUGCAGGAGAUACUGAAUCUGUCAUGAAGAUCGGCACCGUGCUCGAAGAUGAGAGUCUCGAGUUAGCUGGCGCUCCGUGGGCAAAGGAAGGAAUGGUUAAGCACAAACAUCAUCUGGACGGCCCCGAGAAGAAAGCCAAAGAGCGCAGCUGGAGUGAGUGCUUUGCUGUGGUCGAAAAAGGAUAUUUACAUCUGUUCAACUUCAACCGAACUACCACCAAAAUCAGCGACAUGCGGAGCGCCAAACGUCAUCUACCAAAAACAAGUAAGGCCGCGAGUAUCGCACCUUCUGUCGUUGGUGGUGGCAAUUGGACCGACAAUGCUGACGAAACCGAUCAAUUCCUCCUCAGACAAUCUCUUGCAACUGUUCUACCUCAUCCGGGCUAUAGUAAGACUCGUCCGCAUGUCUGGGCACUGAGCUUGCCGACUGGUGCUGUUCAUUUGUUCAACGUCGGUACUGCAGAAAUUGCAGAGGAAUUUGUUUCUACCGUGAACUACUGGUCUGCGCGUUUGAGCAAAGAGCCUUUGGUUGGUGGUGUCGACAACAUUGAGUAUGGAUGGAGCGAUAACAUUAUCAAUCCUGCUCUCAUCGGUAACAGCAAUGGAGAGCCCCUUACUAAGCCUCCUUCAAGAAGUGGCGGCAAUCACGGUCACUCGGCUUCUGUCAACAGUAUCGGGAAACAAAGCAUGCAAUCCUCUGUUCGCGGCUCUUUCGACCAAACUUUUGGCUCAAGAACUAGACUGCCUGGCGAUCGCGCGCACAUUGCUGACUGGAAGCCUCCUGCAGCAUCAAUGUUGCCAUCACAACUUCUUGAGAUCGACCAGCUUCGUAGUCUCAAAGCAUAUGUCGCAUCAGUCGAGACUGAAUUGGAACGUCACAACGAGCUGCGCACUGCUGUAAAUCUUGCUUACACUAAUCGGUAUGGCCAAAACUGGAACAAAGUCAUGGCCAACUGGGAGAAGAAAAGCGCUUACCUCCUCCGCGAAGUCGUGAAAUUCAGAACAUAUAUCGAGGCGUUGGACCGAGCGUGUCACGCGAAGGAGAGAGUCUACGAAGAGCGACAAGUUCGCGAACAAGAACGAGCGGUUCUUGGAUCCAAGGAUGGCAAGAAAGAGAAUGUCAAGGCAUGA